AUGGCUGGCAACGGAGAGGACGAGGUCACGAGAUACGGGCCCAACCCUCCUCAUGGACCCGAUGUCUCGGGCACCCACGCUCCUUUUGAGGACCCUCAUAUCGACAUGACCUCGAACGAGAAGGACGUCUUCCGAUACCUCCUGAAGCCCGAUGACUUGUACGACGAGAACGGAAUCUACUGGGCUGACCUUCCCAUCAUGAAGCGAGUCAAGUUCGUCUCCAAGGUCAACCGACAAGAGACCAAGAGGGAGUUGGCUGCCUUCUGGCAAGUCUUCAAGAACGACCCUCUGGCCCCUGUUGGCUUCUACUUCCGCAACAUGGUUCUCCCCGGUGCCGGUCUUGGUCUCGAAGGUUACGUGCUCUUCUCCAUUGGCAACGUCACGCCUCUCUUCCAAGCCGCCUUCAAGGACUGCUGGAAAUCCAACAAGAUCUGCAGCAAGACCUGGAUCAACGCCAUCAACUACCUCGAAAUCUGCGGUAUCAUUUGCGGUCAAAUCCUUGUCGGCAUCAUUGGUGACUGGAUCGGCCGUCGCUGGGGUCUGAUCCAGGAUGCCACCAUCAUGUUCAUCGGUCUCAUCAUGCUGGUCUGCUCCUGGGGUGUCACCCAGAACGGAUGGGUUAUCUGCUACGCCUGGUCUCUGUUCUUCUACGGUAUUGGUGUCGGUGGUGAAUAUCCCAUGACUGCCACCUCGGGUAUGGAGAACGCUGUCGGCUCCGGCAAAGUGUCGACCCGUGAGGAUCGCCUGCACAGAGGUCGCAAAGUCGUCAGCGCCUUCUUGAUGCAAGGUUGGGGUCAAUUCUUCAACCAGGUCAUCCUCAUUAUCCUGCUCUUGGUCUUCCACCACGGUAGCGGUAACGCCCCGUACUCCAAGGUCGCUGCCCAGUACACCUACCGUGUCUCUUUUGCCAUCCCCGCAGUUGGUACCGCCUGGCUCAUCUACUUCCGUACCUUCAAGGUCAAGGCCGGCGCCAACAGGCAAUUGAGACUCGCCAAGAAGAAGAACUCCGUCACCGGCUACGACGUCGAAUCGCUCAAAUUGACCUUCUACUACUUCGGUGGCCGUGUCAUCGCCACCGCUGGUACCUGGUACAUGAACGAUAUUUUUUUCUACGGCAACAAGCUCUUCCAGAGCGAAUUCAUUGACGUCAUCUCGCCUCACUCCACAUCCAUCAUGCCCGGCUGGUUGUACAACCUGAUCAACGUGGGUGUGUCGCUCUGCGGUUAUUACCUGGCCAGUUUCUUGGUCGACAACAAGCUCUACGGUCGCAAGCACAUGCAAUCCAUCGGUUUCUUGAUGGAUUUCAUCUUCUUCAUCAUCCCCGGUACCCAGCUCAAAUACUACACUUCUCCCAACCACAUCAAGGAGUUCCAGACCAUGUACUUCUUGUCCUCGUUCUUCCAGCAAUUCGGCCCCAACUGCGUCACCUUCCUGGCGGCCGCCGAGGUCUACCCUGUCGCCGUCCGUGCCACCGCCCACGGUUUAUCCGCUGCUGUCGGCAAAUUGGGCGCUUUGACCGCCGCUGUUGGCUACAGCUACUGGUCGACCCAGACCAGAUUCUGGAUUGUCCCGUGGUUCGGUCUUGCCGGUGUCUUCCUCAACGUUCUUUUCAUGCCAGAUACCACCGGCCUCGAUCUCAAGGAACAAGAACGCCGCUGGGCGUACAUCCGCGCUGGCCGCGAGAACGACUACCAUGGAAUUGCCAUCCAUCCCAAGCAUCUGUCCUUGUGGGAGCGCUUCCGUGGCGUGAGCAAGCCGUAUGAUCCGGAACUCGACUUCAAGCAGCGCAUCGAGGAGAUGCGUGGCGAGUGGGAAGCCCGCAUGCAAGCUAGAGCCGAAGAGAAGGAGCAUGACGAUCUGGCCAUGGCUGAUGAUGAAGACUUCCACUCCGAUGUCUCGUCGUACUUCAAGCGUUCCACGAAGUCACCCAACCUUCAGGGCAUGGAGAACGAGAAGAUUCCUGAGGAUCGGGGAUUGAACGGCGAGAAUGGUAUCUAA